AAAAAGCACACACAAGCUCCUUCCUCCCUUCCUUCAGGGAGGGAAGAGAGUUUGAGCGGGGAGAAAAAUCUAUCCGAGACAGAACAGGGACAGUGAGAAAAAUAUAUGAGUGGGAGAGGGAGAAGGAGGAGGAGGAGAAGGAGGGGGGGAGCAAAUUAAAAGUUGCCAAAUGGAGAUAUUGGGUUUCAAGAGGAGUGAGACAGGAGUAAAGGGUUUGCCUAUUUGAGUCGUCUUUAUGUUAUGCUAAUCGGGAUAAAUAUUUAUAGCUCGACGCGGUUCAGUCUUUUAGCCUUUUCGACGGAAUGGAGUCUGCGUUUUCGAAAUAGGCGUCGUCGACUCUGCGGCUAGCUAACCAAAGCAACAAGAAUAGGCCGACGUUUAACUCCAAAAUGUGGCGUCCAGCCUGGAGAGCGGUCCAACUGGGACGUGGACCGGCUCAAGCGUCCAAAUUUAAAGCUUUCGGUUCGCCAUGUCGAUACAAAUGUGACGUUUUUCGUGUUGGCAGAUGAGCCUCAACGAGGACAAAUGAAAGCCUCCCCAACAGAGGAAGGACGAGCACGUCAGCGGCGACGGGCGUUUUGUGCUGCUUCAGUGCGAUUACCAUUCUGGCGAAUGCGUCUAUUUUUGGAAAUUAAACUUGCUAGCUACAAACUCUAGCGGUCUUUGAACGAGUUGUGGUGUCCUGCAGCCGAAGGGUGUUUUUCAUCGUCACAAAAUGGAAGCUAAUGCGAAUUUUUGAGACCGUGACGGAGAUCAUAAAACUGGGGAAACGUGUUUAAAUGCGUCGCGUUAACCUUAUAUUUGUUUUAAGUAUAUCGUCAAAGCUGGAGAAGAAAGCACGUUAGUCAUAUUUGUAGUUCCCUUUUCUGUCACAAUUGACCCCCUUACUGGCUUUAUUUUAAUGCAGCGAGCUGAAUAAGUCGAGUAUUAACGUAGUUACUACAGCAAGUCGGCGUCUUUUUCGAAAUUAUUUCGCAAAAACGAUUAAGAAAAUAAAGUUACUCGCAUUUGUUUGCUAGUUUAUGCUAGAAAGGCCGCCUGGGUUGCUUUAAAAAUUUAACAGUUCUUUAAUCGACGCUUUUAUUUUGGCGACAGUUCAUAAACAUUAGAUUUUAAUGAUUUUUAAAAUUUUAAAUAUAUAUUUUUUAGUUUUUCCCUCUAUCGUCUAGUCUCAAAGUAGUCGAUGGAAAUGUUUUUCAGUGCAACACCCCCACUGCUCUUUGUUCUCCUCGUUCAAAGAUGGCGGCUGUCCAUGGCUCAGCAGCAAAAGCAGCCCAUGGCGUGGUAACAGCCAUUUUGUAGCACUGCAGUUGUUUCACACGCAAAUCACUCCAAGAACAAAUUAUCUGGAGCUCCUCUUUACUCCAGUUUACAAAUAUCAAAAAUGUGUUAGUUUUUAUUGUCAGGCAAAUGCCCAACUCCUUAAAAAGGCAGCUUUUAAAAUAUUCAAGAAACAAAUAUCCCAACCAUCUUUUAUGUGUAAGUAUAGCUCCAUAGUUGGAGCAUAAAGCCUUUAAAUGUAGCAAAAAGCUACAAGAGUAAAGGGGAAUUAUUUGCCCAUUUUCACUCUACAUAUAAACACAACUUUGUGUGGGACAGACAAGGCUACUGAGAGGGAAGUUAGUGUGCAGCAGUUGUAGGAGGGGUUGAAGACCGCCCUGUCCUUUACUUGUGUACCGAAUAACAAAUGUUGCUCUCCACACCCCUUCCUUCACCCACUCACCUUUCUGUGUCACACACAACUCUCCUAGUUUGUACUAAACACAGCUUCUCACCCUGCAGGCCUGCCUGUCACAGAGAGGCUGUUAAAUGACUGAAUCCAUGCUUCCUUUUUCUGGAAAUCUGUGUCAUGGAUGAUGACGAUGAUCGCCGUCUUCUGGAUAUUUUAGGAGAUGUUGAUGCACUUAAUGAUUACCUCCAUGGUGACAACAGCAAGACUAUUGAAGAGGAUGACGUGACAAAUGCAGCUUAUGGAUCAGAUGGGUCGUUCUUUGCUAACGACACAGCUGGCUCUAAGGAUGGCUCCUCUUCAAUGGGCGACUUUGGCGAAGACUCUGGUGAGGCAGGCCUCCAGCUCUCCGGCAAUCUUUCCUUUAUUGAAGACGAACUGGAGACUGGGAACUCUCUUGAUGGGGUUGAUCUUGAGGGAGAGGACCAACCCUUCGACAUUCUCCAGAAGUCUCUUUUGGAGGCGGACAUCACAGAGCAGACGCUGGCCCAGGAGGCCUUGCUGGAUGCUCAGCCCGCUCCCACUCUUGUGCAAGCUCCCAUUUCCUUUCCCUCCCAGCUGGUCUCGGGGAAUUAUGGAGGUGGGGUGGGCGUUGUCACAACAGCUACUGCUGCGUUUCCAGCAGGGCAGGUACUACAAGGAGUGUCCCCACUGCCCAACGGAUCUACUCAGCAUAUACAGGUGCUGGGCUCGUUUGGAACGGGUGGUGGCGUGAUGACACUGAACAGCAUGGAAAGAACUCCACAGAUUGUGUUAAGGCCAGGAGUACCUGUAGCCUCAACAGCGACUGUGACAGGGGGUCAGGUGUUUGCCCCUACGCAGGGGCAGCCAAAUCAAGUUGGUUUACCAGUCAAAAAUAUUCCUCUUCAGAACAUCAUUAUUCAGAGAGGGCCUGGAGGAACCCAGACUGUUGUCAGGCCAAUUCAGCCUAAACCGACUCAAGCAGGGGCUCAGACGGUCUACAGCCUUGGCCUUCAGCCGGCGCCCACAACUGUGGCUAAUGUAAACACUAACAGUGCUGCUGGGGUACAGUAUGCCACCAAUGGUCCCAUUGUGGUGCAGCAGCAACUGGAACAGCAACAGGUUGCUCAGACAAACCUAACGUCUGGGCAGUUUUUGGUACCCAGUUCACUGCCGCUCCCUCAGUCCAGCAGCAUCCAAAACGGCCCAGUCGACCCCAACAACCAGAACACAGUCCAGAUUGUGUCAGCUCACAACUUUAGCGCACCAGGAGCUCCUCUCAUUCUCAAUAAGGCAGUUGUUAGUGCAAGUCCGAUUGGAGGGAAUGUUACUCAGACUUGGACCGGAGUUUCUUGUGCCAGCUCCACCCCUGUGCAGACGUCGUGCACGCCUGGGCGGCUCACAUUGGUUGGUCCGGCCACAGCGGGGAUCGGUGGUCAUGGCCAAGCCACCGGUUGUGCUGUCCAGCGCCUUCUAGUGACUCAAACUCAGAACUGCACUUCUUUGUCCCCUUUACCUGGUAACGUAACACAGGAACAAGACUACAGACAGAACUCUUCAUCAACUCUAUUAAAACAGACACAACUCAGCAAUAUCCAUGGUAACCAAAAUUCUGAGAUAUAUGCACAGAAGAGGACUGUUCCACCAUCUACAAGGGGGGAAAUACUCCUACAGCAGUUGAGGAAAGAUCACAUUGGUGUCCAGAACCCCGAGCGGCGCAAGUUCACCUCGAUUGACGACGCUCUGCUCAGACUCCUCUCCUACCAUGUUCUCCAGGGGGCCCCGCCCAGCCAGGAUGAGUUCACACAAGUGGAUGAGGAGUUUGAAGCUGUUGCAUCUCAGGUACUGAAGAGGACCCAGGCCAUGGUCAACAAAUACAGGCGACUACUAAUGGUAGAAGCAGAGAAUUCCAGUCCAUCAUCAGAAAUAGUGAUGAUCGACAGGACCUUCAACCAAGAGGAGCGCAGCAACCUGUCACAAGACAAGCGCACAGUGCUCGUGGAUCCAGAUUCCUUCUUGGAAGAAUUCUGCUGUGGGACGAAAUCCAAACUUUUCAAGGACCCCUCUCCCUCUACGCCAGCAAACAGCUGUAACUGGGAUCAGUCAGACCGAGGCUCAGUGGAGCCCUCGUACAGGACAGACGCUCAGUCUGGGUUUGGAGACCCGGGAGGGGGUGGAGAUGGAGCACCAGGCUCAACCCAAAGACUCCACUCCCCAUUAGAAAGCAGGAGGAUGUUGGACCUGAAAAGAUCCCAGCAGGACUUUGGGUCCGCCAGCAACCGCCCCAUCACUGCAAACAGUCACCACCACGGUAAAGUAUCCCACUCGACUCCAGCAGGAGGACAGACUCACUACCAGCUGCCGCAGAAGCUGUCCCCCCACCCCGCACAGUCGCAGUACUCGCCGCAGCCGGCCUCGCCGCCUCACCCGGAAACCGACUCUGCUCUGGAGGCAGCAGUCAACAGCAUCCUGGAAUGUUAAGACCUUCACAUCUGAUGAUUUCUGUUCUGGUCGAACUCCUGUAUGAAGGCAGGGGUUGUCCCCCCACACCCCCCCAGCCCUGCCAUGGUUUUGAUAAGCAGCCAUGUAGCACCUGCGUUUUGAAGGUUUCUGAGGCAUUUUGUCCAAGUGGGUGAACCCUCAAGGUCAACACAGACACUUACCUAUAAAGAUCCGGGAAUGUGUGCAAUGCAGUGCAUUAAUAAAUGUUGUUUUUUUAUUUUAAAGCAGUAGAUUCUGCAAAAGUUCUGUAUGCAAGUGUUCCUCCCUUCACGCACCGUCAGGGUGCGUCCGUCUGUCUCUGCCAGAUGAUGAGGGGGGGCUCUGUGCCUAAUAAGUGUUUACAUGCUGAAGCUCUGUUCAGAAAGUCCCACACACUCGUUUCCCUCCUGCAUCACUCGCGUUUAGUAAGUAGAUCCGUGGGGCGGAGGUGCAGGAUUCAUUUCCAAGUUCACGAAUUUGCACUAAGGAGAGCGCCGCUUCAGGAGCGCCAGGCCUUUGGUGGGAGGGGCAUCACAGAAUGUGAACCACAACCUUUCAGAACUCCUCUGCUUUUUUUUUUUUCUUGUGUUGCAGCAUUUUUCUUUUGUACUUCGGCGUGAAAAACAGACAAAUCUGUGGCGUUUCUCUUCUCACUUCCUUUAUGAGUGCACGGUUAAAUCCUCAGAUUGAGGAAAAAUAAUAAAAUUAAUAUUUUUUAUUUCAAUUUUUUUUUUUUUUAAGAAAUGACAAAAGUCAUUUGGUUUGUGGUGAUGCGUUGCAGUACCUUCAUCCGCUCACAUGACCCCAGAGGGUUACCGAUUGUACAUACGUCUGCCUUCUGCAUACUUUUAUGCAUUUUUCGUCUGCUUAUCUAUGCGUUAUAGAUCUAUAAUUGGGUUCCGUAGUUUGUCACGUUACACAGAUUGUUCCUUAACUGGUAUUUUUCCUUUUGGAGUCGAAACAUUUCUCACUUUUUUUCUUCACAGCAGCGAAAAACCAAAAUGUUCAAAAGAAAGUGCAGUUUAAUCCAGAUAAACCUCAAAAAUUCAAAAAAAGAUUUCUGUGUGAAAGUUUGAUGUGGUUUAAAAGAAAAAAAUCAUAUCUGAACAUAUCUAUCACAAAUCUGCACUAUGAUAAAAUCAAGAUUAUUCCUCACGUGACCGAAGGUUAGCUUUAAUCUAUUAAACCAACCCGAGGUUGAGUCUGGACGCUUUCUUGUUUCUGUUUGUAGACUGAACGCCUUUGAAAGUCCUUUUUUUGUUUACUUUUAUUUUGAAAGUGCCAGUGGCCGCCACAGCCCGCCUGUAUCUCGCCUCGAACGCGGUUGAACACCCAGAGCGGCCAGUAUCCGCAGAGGCUCUCUGCUUUAAACGUCAAACACUUUCGGGUCAGCUGGUAUUCCGCACCUUCGGUCGCCCGCUGCAAGUUGUCGUGCCUCGGUAGCACUUAGCCGUACGCUUGUCUGACACCGUUUGGACGCAUAUCUCGGCCUCCAGGUUCUGUAGGAACACGCCGUGCUUUCUCUUUUUUUUUUCCUGUUUGUGCUGCAGAUGUUUGUUUUCUGCACCCAUUUCCACUGUUGUUUAUUGUUUGUGAAGUUUAUUGUUUUGCAUAAAAAAUGAAAAGUUACACACAAAAUAUUUAUAAUUUUUGUAUUGACUAAAAAAAGAAAAAAAAAUGUUGUUUAAGGAAAACUUAGGAAAAAGGAAAUUAUUUUUUAUUGUGUUGGCUGAAUGGCGAUGCCAAGAAAAUAGUUUGAAAAAAAUGUCAUUCUGUCAUUUGCUGAUGUGUUCACUACAAAGGCGAGAACAGUCGACAAUAAAAGUCAUUUUAAAUAUAAAAGGGGAAAAUCCA